CGCCUCUACCGCCGCCGUUCUUCAGUUGCCCAGAGGAUUUCCACCGGUGCUUCCCACCAGCGGCACGACGCUCCGCCACCCCAAUUUCGCUUCAGUUUAACCCAACUCUUUUUUUUUAGUUCUCCUCGUUCGUUUUUUUUUUUCGAGUUGUGUGAAGGAAGAGAAGUUUGCGGCAGGAAUUGUGACGGGUUUCCGAGUGCUUCAGUUCAGUGCGACCGGGUAGUCUUACUCCAGAAUUUGUGCGAUUUCAACCGUUCGUUUUAACGAGACACCAAGAUCCCGACUUGUGCUCUUUCACCGCGAGAUUCUCCGGCUAAAUUUGUUUUGGUUCAUCUUCAUUUCGUUCCUUACGUUUUCCGUCGAUUCGAUCCCGGCGAGGCUUCAAGGAACCAGGUUCGGUGCUACACCAAAAUCUACAGCAAUUUCCGGAGUCCAUUCGUGUUUUUUCCCCCUGAAAGUUCGAGGGAAAUUGCGAUUUCCGUCACUCGCCUGAGAAUCGUUCGAUCUUCGUCCUUUAUAAUUUGAUACUCCCGGGAAAAUUCCUCGCGAUCCGAGAAUCGGACGAUGUACCGGAUGUUUCCGCGUCGCGUGCCCUCGGUAGGCGUGUUCCUGGCGGCGGCCAUCUUCUGGCUGGCGACCCUGGGGCCGCCCAUCUCCCGCGGCGAUACGGUCCACCCGCUGGACGCGGCGUUCCUCGAGUCCUCGAUGCUGGCGUCCAAUUUCGUGGUCGGGGAGGACGGUACGACGGACGCGACGCCGGCGAACGGGAGCCUCCACCGGAGCGUCGAGGAGAUCUUCUUCGACCUGGAGCUGAGCCCGAAGACGAAGCCCGACGUCAAGCCGAGGACCAAGCGGGAGUCCCCGGAGGCCCCGGCCGUCCCGCGGGCCGCGCGCUCCGUCUGGAUCACCCAGCUCCUCGCCGAGAAACUCGCGGAGUUCCGCCCCCGCGCCACGGGCAACCCCGAGUGCAACGCCCAGAGCGAGAUCUACCAGCAGCACCUCAAGAACCUCACGCUGUGGGCCAUGCAAAUGCGUGAAGCCUCAGCCAAAUCUGCGAGCGGUUAUCUGUACGGACAACCAUCUCAGCUCGGGAACUUCGAUGAAUGUGUGAGUGUGCAAGACACCGCUCCAGGAGUGUCCGGCCGCUACUGUCUGGCCAAAAUCGAGUUCUCGCCCACUUAUCGACUCUAUCCGGAGUAUUACAGCUUCCCUUUGGAAGGUCUCAGCCCCUCGCCGGAUGUCAACGUCUGGGAGUAUGUUAAAAAAAGCCGAGAGCCUGCGAGAGAGAGGCGGGACUUCGUGAAGUGGGCGGUGUGUGUGCCUGCAGCCUGCAGCUGGAAGGAUGUCGAGGAGUCCCUCAGGGAGGUUUUGGCCGAUGUCCAGAAGGAACACAACAUCUUCGUCAACGUCACCCUCAACGAGCGCCAAUGCUCUGCCCAUCAGGAUGAUGGCGAGUUUCCCGCCAAAUCCAAGCUUUUCCUGACCUUUUUGUUGGUUUUGACUGGAAUAAGCAUUGUUGUGACCGGCUAUCACCACAUUCUGAUUCAUACGGAAUCAACCUAUCAAGGUGGCACUUUCUGGAAAAUCAUGAUGGGUUUCUCAAUGGUGAAGAGCUUCAGGAGUCUCACGAAUAACGGUGGUGGCACAAACCUCAACGGACUGGACGGUCUCAAAUUCAUCAGCAUGGUCAUGAUCAUUUUCGGUCACCGGCUCAUGUUCACUCUUGGAUCAGCCGUUUCUAAUGCCGGGAACAUUGAAAAGGAUUACCUAGGACCCAGCAUCACAAUCAUCAGUACUCAAUUAGUUGAUACUUUCUUCACCGUCAGUGGAUUCCUCACUUUUUGGCUGCUGUAUCCUGCUUUCAAAAGAGCUGGCCGUGCUGUCAUCCCAUUCACUCUAUUCUACAGAUGGCUCAGGAUGAUGCCAUUGUAUAUGAUGAUACUGGCUUUCUUCAUAUUUGUAUUCCCUUACAUGGACGACGGCCCACUUUGGAAAACGAUCGUUUGGAGAGAAGUCGAAAGAUGUCAGGACAACUGGUGGACCAACCUUCUCGUCAUCAACAACUAUGUCAAUACUGAGAAAAUGUGCACCGUGCAUGGGUGGUAUCUAGCCUGUGAUUUGCAGUUCUUUGCCGUAGGAGCUCUUAUCGUGUACACGUUCACGAGAAGCCAAUCGAGGGGUUUGAAAAUGCUGCUUACAGCUCUUCUCUUCUCCUGGGUCAUCCCCUUCGCCAACACAUACUUAAACGACUACGAUGGCAUUUUAAGAUCAUACAUUAGGGUACUCUCUGACCCAAUCUCCGCUCCCCAUUAUCGGGACUUCUACGUGAAGGGCCACAACAGGGCCGCACCAUACUUGCUUGGUAUCCUCUCCGCGUAUCUUGUCACUGUGCUCCGGGAAAAGAAAGUCAAGAUUUCCAUGGGUAUGCGUUGGUUCGUAGUACUUAUGGUAGCUGUGGUAGCCGAGGGCUCCCAAAUGUACGCGUGGAAAUUUUUCGAUAUUCACACCGAGUCAUCUCUAAUUGAAAGGAGCUUCUAUGCAGCAUUCCACCGGUCGUUAUGGUCACUUCUCGCAUGCAGCAUCAUAAUUGUGCACCUCUGCUGGGGCUUCGGAAGCUCACUGGAGUACAUACUGUGUCACGAUUUCUACGUUCCGAUGAGCCGUCUCACCUUCGGCGCCUUCCUAGUUCAUCCCUUCUUGCAAAUGUACACCUCAGCAGACGUCCGCGCUCCCAUUUACUUCUCACACUGGAGGAUGGUUUGGAUGGGCACAGGUGACGUCUUCAGCUCGUACGCAAUCGCGUUCUGGCUCUACUGCAUCAUCGAGGCGCCGGCCGGGAUCCUGAGCAGCAUGCUCAAACGCAUCAUCAUGAGACAGGGGCCCCGACGAAGCAAAGAGUCAGCCCCACCAGCGUCGGUCGAAAAAGCACCCGAGGUCCCCACGACCGGCACCUACGUCCUCACCGACAGGGAGGCAAAAACCACCAACGCGGAGAUCGCCAACAUCCUCCCCAGGGAUACCGUUUGCAUUCCCUCCGCGUCGUCCGUAGAGGAACCGCAAGAGAGCGCCACCGUCGCCAGUUUCUCAAACUACACGAUCAAACCGUCGGAUAGUGCCCAGAGCGCGGAUCGACCCCAAGAGCUGUCGAAUAAGCUCGAGUCCAUGCUCACGCCCAGCUAAGCUCGGGUCGCUUAGGUUAGGAUGAAAUUCAGGCUGUGAUAUUUUUUUAAGAAAUCGACCGGAGACAUUUUAUAUUUAAUUUAUAUUAUUAAGGAUUGUUAGUCAGGCGGAUUUUAUCAGAAUCGCCAGAAAAAAAGAAGAAAAAAAAAACAAAACAGGAUUUAAGGUACUGUGAACGCUAUCACGCUGAUUCUGCUUUAAUCCGUCCUUUUAUCCUUCAUAUAAGUAAAAUAAAUUGAAAAUUUGCCACGUUACGUAGGUACUAAAUUUGUGAUUCCGUAAUUUUUCACAAUUAAAACGUAAAUUAAAUCACAAAUUAGGGGACUUACGGCGGAAAAAUUAAUUUUGACCUCGAUGUAUUCUGUGCUAUUGAGAGAAUUUAAAUUUUUUGGAUAUGAGGUCCACCCGAAGUUUCCUUUCUUUUUAUUGGAGAAAAAUAAAUUGUACAUAACGAUGUACAGAUAUUAUUUUUUUACCAUUGCCCAUCCACGACAUCUGGUUGGACCUCAUAUCCAAAUAAUUUAGAAUAUGAUGUGGAUGAGCAAAAAUUUUGCUGAAUUAAAGAAUUUUUUACCUAUCAGUCGUUACAAAUUUGGAAAAACUCAAAUGUGCACCUUAAAAUUUUAAGCUAUCUCAUCCGGAAACGACAUAAAAUCAAACUCAGUAGUCAGUUGAAUAAAAUUCGGUCAAAGUUAACCAUUUUACUAUAAGUCCCCUUGGAUCUAACAUAAAAAUAUUAUCGAUUCGAAUGCCAAGUUUGAUGUCUUCUGACGUUCUGUAGACUGAUGCUCACUGAAAUCAGUUUCCUAGAGAAAUUUUUGUAAAUUUUUAUGAGAGAGUCCACGGACAAAAAAGAAGUAAAUGCUGUUGGAUGACAUGGACAUUUCCAAUUAGUUGUGUUAGUACCCCAAUAAAUCAGGUUACUAACCCAAAUGUUGCGGCACUACCACAAUCAAUUGGAAAUGCCAAUAUCAUCCAACGAACGGAUCUUUUGUGCGGAAGAGAUCCAGUCAAAUAAAUAUACCCUUCAAAGGUUAAAAUGUACGAAAAUAUCGUUGGGCACGUCAAAUAAGUCUGAAAUCCAUUCCUUAGUGCGCAAUCUGUAUCGUUCGUGACACGUUUUUUCAAGUUUCCCGCGUCUACGGGCAGUUUUUCUCGGUCACCCCGGACCAGGUUUGCACAGAUAGAGGAGUAAAAAAAAAAAUGACCCGAGUAAACAAAAGAUUUCACUAACUUUUUUCAUUGUUUAAUUUCAAUCGCUUUCAAGUGUUUGUUUCUUUUUCUUGCUUUAUUUUGCAAAAACCAAAACUUCGAAUCAAUUUAAAUCUUACGCAAGGCGAGUAUAACAGUUCGUGAGAUUGUUUAGUUAUUUAGGUUUGGUCUCUCUCUGUGCAAACCUGACUAUACCGGCCACCGAGAAAAACUUUCCGCACACGCGGUAAAUUUGAAAUAGCGCGUUAGAGACUUUACCGCGCAGAUUGCGCGCUAAGGAGUGGAUCUCAGACUUAUUUGAUGUGCCCAACGUAAUUUUCAAGCGAAUUUCCCCUUAGUAUGUGUAUUCAGUUGGCUGUAUCUCUCGCGUGCAACAGAUCCACUGGGGUAGUCCCAAUUUUUUUUUUCUGUGUCGGCAUGAAUUUCCUCGUAAGACUGCAUAAUUUUUUUUGAAGUUCAAACCUAGGCAUACCCCAUUGAACAAAACUGAGUAUGAAGUAUGCACUACUUAACUUUUAGACUAUAUUCUCGACAAGAAUUUCAUACUAUCCAACUCACCUACAAAACCGUGGAAGUUCGAGAAUUUUAUUAUCUGGGACAGUAACUAUUACACCCGCUCUAGCUUACGUUCUGUGACGUUAUUGGAACUGAAAAUCUUCACUCAUUAACUCUGAUUUUAAGACUUGAAACAUUAAUUUAGCGUACUCAAUAAAACUGAAACUUUGUCAUUGUGCCAAGCUAUACUUUUUAGGAUCAUUGGGUAUUUUUUGAGAGGUCAAAAAAUAACUGCAGUGAUACAUCUAAUUAUUUAGUCCUGCCUUUUUUUACCCUCUAAUUGUAUGUAAACUCUCGCAUUGUUUGAAUGGUUUUUAAAUUCUAACCAUCCUUUACAAUUAGAUAUCGUAAACGAGUUGAUUUACCUGUGAACUAAAUACUUGAGUCGUAUCGGGAGGUGUAACCCUUUAAGGUUUUUAAUGAUUAGCGGGAUUCGAUAAACCGAGAGAUAAUCAUAACCAUUUUUUACCUUUGGGAUUUUUUUUUAACAUACACUUAAGUGGAGGUAACACAGUAGGUGCCGACCCCCGAGAAUCGUCACUGAUCAAGAAUGUAAGGAUUCUCUGUUAAAUCGUAAAAAUUGUAAUCUAUUUAUUAAAAAUUAAUUACCCUCCCUCCACUUUUUAAAGAUUUUCAUUGAUAUGAACAUUAAUUAUUUGUUCAGCAUCAUUAAAAAAUUGUAUGAACAAUAGAGACAUUUAAUAGUUAAGUUAUUUGCUAAUGUUCGUUCACUCCUAAUUUGUACAUAAUUUGUAGGUACAUGAAUAAAAUCAUCUUCUGAAGAAAAUUAUUAA